UAAGGGAGAGAGAGAGAGAGAGAGUGAGCCACAGGAAACAGAAACAGAAACAGAAACAGAGAUGAUGAUACAGAGACAUUGCAGAGCGAUGAUGGAGGAAUGCAGAGGAGCUUCCCUCGCUUUGGUAUAGCUCCCAAUUUCUUUCCUUUCGUUUCUGGGUCAUCCUCAUCUUCUUCCGUGAUACCAUGAACACUCGCUGCUCUGCUUCCCACUUCGUCAUUCAGCUCCAGCACACCUCCCGCUUCCCACCUCCUCCUCCUCCUCCUCCUCCUUCAACUUCUUGGCUCGCUUUUGGCGCUGCGAAACCGAUCCCGCCACGCUUCGUCGCUCUCGCAGCUCCGCCUCGCCCCGCUCAUCGCUCGCCGUCCUCCGCCCUGUUGCUCCGCUACGCAGGCGACGGCCUCCUACAUCGGGCGUGGCCCCUUUGGCUCCGCCUCUUGUCCGACCCUUCUUUCGUCCCCGACCUUCCCCUGCUCUCCCUCCUGAUCUCUGCCUGCGGCGACGCCCGCCGCUUCGACCUUGUCCUCCGGAUUCUGGACCGCCUCUCUUCGGCGGCGGUUCCGCCUGGCUUGCUCCGGCAGGCUCACUCCGUCGCCAUCUCUUGCUUCGCCGACCAUGCCCAGCUUCGCUUGAUGGAGCACACCUUGAGCCUCAUGCUGUCCCGGGGCUUCCCAAUUGAUUCCGCCACCGGCGAUACCUUCCUCCGAUAUUACAGCAGUUUCGCUUCGUUGGACGACAUGGAGAAUGCUUAUUCCUGGCUCAAGCGCUCUCGGCAUCUCCCCAGCCAAGUAGGGAUCAGGGCCGUGGCUCUUGCUUACGUUAGGGAUCGCAAGCUCUACAGGUUAGGACAGUUCUUGAGGGACGUGGGUCUCGGUCGGAAAGACCUCGGCAAUCUUUUGUGGAACCUGUUGUUGCUCUCUUAUGCUGCCAAUUUUAAGAUGAAGAGCUUGCAGAGGGAGUUCUUGAACAUGGUUCGUGCCGGGUUCUGUCCCGAUGUCACCACCUUUAACAUCCGCCUCCUCGCCUUUUCGAGGAUGUCCAUGUUCUGGGAUCUUCAUCUCAGCCUCGAGCACAUGAAGCGCACCGGCAUUGUUCCCGACCUCGUCACUUACGGUUGUGUUGUUGAUUCCUACUUGGAUAGGAGGCUUGGGAGAAAUCUGAGGUUUGUGUUAGACAAGAUGAACCUGGACGAUGCUCCUGAGGUGUUGACAGACUCAUUUGUAUUUCAAGCUUUUGGCAAAGGCAAUUUCCAUUCAACUUCGGAGGCGUUUUUGGAGUUUCGGAGGAACAGAAGUCCUUGGACAUACCGGAAAGUCGUCACCACGUAUCUCCGAAAACAAUACAGGACGGAUCGGAACCAGAUCUUUUGGAAUUACUAACUAGCUGUACAAGAAUUCUACCUUUUUCUAUCUUUAAUCUACUUCUCAAGUUUGCAUGACUGAGGAAUGCUACAUUCUAGUUUCUGAUUCAAGUUCCACCACUAGAGCUCAUAAUUAGUGUUUACAACAUGGCGCUGGUAGUGGAAACCUUGUCUUCUUGGGUCUUUGACCAUGGCCAAGGUAGGGAAAGAUCUGUCAGUAAGAUUUUUAUCUAUUUAGUUGGGCUACUAUUAACUGAUUAUUUGAUGUUUGUCGAAGGUAAGAUGGGUAAUCUAUAUUUCCCGUAUGGGCUUGUGCACCCUUCUCAUGAUAAAAUUUUGACGGAUAUCGCGGCCCUCACUCCUCAAUUCUGCCUCCUCCGACAACUACUAAGAUUGAUUUCCCAGGAGUUCUAGCUGCCCUUGUGGAUUCCUGCAAACUGAUCCCCCUCGACUGAUGCAAGCCAGUGGGGCUACUUUGCUGGUCUUAAUAAUUUCGUUGGGGUGCUUCUUCCUGUGAUAUUGCUUUAGCUAGAUAUGACUUACUAUUCACUGAACGUGUAAGAACGUACUGCACUAGCCUAUAUCCACAAGAAAAAAGAAAACAUUAAAAAAAGAAGAUCGUUAUUAGUGACUGAGUAGUCAUUCCAGGGGAGCAGUCAUUGGGGACUAAUUCAAAAUUGAACCUUUUGCACAUAUGCAGUGUAUGGUGUUCCUCCAGUUGCCUCGAUACUAUCUUGGAAUGCUCUUUGAUGGAUAAUCUAAUCAUUAAUUAUGCCAACUUGACAAUCAUUGUAGUACAGUGGCCUUUUCCUCAAUAAUUGUCACUACUGCUAAUGGCAUAGAAAUUACAGGAAGAGUACACAAGUAUGGAGACUUCAAUGCACACUGUGUUAUAAUCUGUGAGAUGUAUCUCGCCCCAUUUAUUUUCCCCUCUAAUUGAAGUGCCUGGCAUUCUAUAUUUAAGGCAUGCACUCUGAUGAGCCAUCUGGCGUAGACCCUAACUAAAUUGCAAGCAGGGCCUCUCUUAGUCAUGAGCUCUAUUGAUCUUGAUAUUCCCGUUGAGGCCUGCUUAGCAUUUAAGUUAGUUUUGACCAACUUUAAAAAUAAACUAGCUUGUUAUGAGCAAGCAACUAUCGCUAGCUUUUAUUGUGAGAAAUUGUGUUCUUGCAAGAGCAUGGCAUUGUUAUUCUUCUCUAGCCAUUUUUCAAACUAAGCGAUUAUAAAUUUGUUCAAAUAUCUGCAAGCUAAUACCUUUGCCUUCAGAUUCUUUCUGAAUAAUUUAAGUAUUUUCAGAAAUUUUGUGGGGUUUAAUUGUUUGAUCAUUGAUGUUUUAUCAUGGUGACUCUCAAAGUGGUUUCAGUAUUAUUUUGCUUUAGAAAAAGUUUGCAGCGCCCUAGAGUCUGAAAUUGUUAAAUUGCUCGACUCUUUUUGCUGAAGAGAGGACAAUGAUAUCUUCUUUGAAACUGUUUGCACUUGGAUUUUGUUGUAGGUUUGCUUGAUGUGUGCAAGUAAAACAAUGGAAGCUGUGGGAAAAAAGAAAGAACCAGACUCUACUGAAAUUAUUGACUCCAAUACUGGAUCUUCAGCAAGUCAAUGAAAAUCUGCUUCGAAGCAGCAUCAUUCAGGUGGGACAUGCAUGGAUGAGGUUGCUGUUCCAAGUAGUCAUACUUUAAAGAAAGAUGAAUCAGUGUCGGGGAUCUCUCAAAUCCUGUUUACAAUGGCAAGAUGACUAGAAGCUGCCCAUUCAAACUUGACCCUUUCCAGCAAGAUUCAUAGCUUGUUUGGAGCGAAACAAGUCAGUUUUAGUACAAGCACACACUUCAGCUGUUAAAAGCUAUGGUUGAUGAAUAUGUCAUUGAAAUGGCUUUGAGAGAUGAAUGGAGGGUGAUAUACUCAUCACCUUGAAAGCUUUGAGCAACCAGAAGUAUGGGGUGCUAAGUCAAGUUUUUAAAGAUGUCUGUUGCACCUAAUGCCAGCUGCUUGGUUAUGAUCUGUAUGGGGGACCUGAGGUACUAAAGGAAGUUGCAUGGAUUAUUUUGAUGAGUUACAUUACACGGAGGAUCGGGAAAGAGGUGUUGUCUGGGAGGAGAUCAUUUUUUUUUGCUACUGGCCAUAAAAAUGGUUUUCCUUUCUGCAACAAUGUCAAAUGUCAAAUGCUACUGCAUUCAUAGAAUGGAGUUGCAGCUUGCAUAAGCAGCCAUGCCAUGUGGUGUACAUAUUUUUCUUACCAACUCCUCUGCUCUGCAUCGUUAUAUUCUCCCCAUGGGUGGGAGUGGGUUGUACUUUGGAGUUGAUGAGCACGAACAAUUUUGAGAGAACAAGUUUCUCAAUGGUUCAAAAUGCUUUUACAAAGCAGAAAUUUGGCAAGGGGAGCAAGUUUAUAUAUGGAGGAGAGAGUGGAAGAAUUGCCAAAAGUGGCAAUGCCUUGGGGUCCUGACACAUACAGAAUAGUGGAAGUUAAGUGUGCAGACAUUUCUAUGGUAAUUUGCGUAGUCUAUUUUCUAUCAUUCAGCCUGAUCUCUCUCUCUCUCUCUCAUGCAUGCACGCAGGCACGCGCUCGCACACACACCCAAGGUUUUGCCUGCAUGCGUAUACUAUCUUGUAGCCUUCUCAAUUCUCAUUUGUACCCGGUUCAUUUUUCUACCCAAUCCACAACUCAGUAAGCCUGUCUCUAAGUUCAUCAAUGUUGAAAAAGAAUAAAAUAUCCGCACAUGCACCUUGGUUUCCACCGUUAUUAAUCUAGUUGAUAAAUAUACGUCCGUAGAUGUAUGUGUAUUUACUUAGGUUGCAGAUCAGUCAACAGAGGAUUCAUAUUUGAUGCAUCCAUAAGAAUUAGUAGAGCAUUGAAUCAUCAAACCACGUUAUCAUGUAACAGCUUAAGCUUUUACAUCAAUGGGCAGUAGGUUCCACAAGUUUACAUGGUACGUGUUCGAACCUCUCCCGGUCCUUAAUCAUCUCCCAAAUAUAAAUUCCCUUGUUUCUGUUUAGGUCCAAGCCCAACCUAUGAGAGUGUUUGAGCAUCAAGAUUGCAAACCACAUUUUUUUGUAACAACUUAAGUUUUAUGACGAACUAGUGAUGGUUCCACAAAAUUUAAAGAAUUUCAAGACAUUAUAUUUGGUAUCUUGUUCUAUGAUACUAAAUGUGUACUUUGUUGACAUUGUCUCUUAAGUAUUUGGGCAUUUGUUUGCUGAGAGUGUAGGAUUUGUAGAUAUUGGUUGAGGUUAUCGAGAGGUUGUUUUGUAUAGAUGUAAAAUUUCUUGAUAAUUCCUAAUCCUGCCCAAGGAUUAAUACUAAUAGGAAUAUCUGCAAUAAGUACUUUGUUGGCGUUGUCUCAUAGGUAUUUAUUUUGGACAAAUUUUAUUAAGUUCUUUGUUGGCAUUGUCUCUUAUGUAUUAUCACUUCUAAUAGGAAUUAUGCAAUAAGCAAGCAUCUUGUUGCCAAUCUCACUUUGUUGUGAUGAGCAUUUGGAGAACCUCCCGAUUGACGACCAUAGAUGUUAAGUUUGAAAUUACUUGUUGUUUUCUACAUUGUAUGAAUGUGUUUGGAUAGAUAAGCGUUUUCAGCUUUCUAACACUUAGGACUGACAAGACGUAUUUUCUAGUCAAUACAACUCACCGUAAGAGGCCAGGGAAUGUAGUCUGGUAUGUUCAGACUGUGAGUACUACAAAUUUGGUGCAACUACAACUUUACCGACAAGCCAGCUUCAAAUGAUUUAGGCGGUCUUCAAAUUGACCCCUUGCAUUGGUUUCGACAUACUCCAAGAAACCUCAGUCUCCUAUCAUGAAAUAAAACAAUAUCCAGUUCAGAUUUGUUUCCUGGAUGACAUUAAGGAAUGUUAUUGUAAAACUUUGCUGAGAACAUACUUAUUCUUCCUGGGAAGGAUGAUGUACUUGAGCUCUCACAUACAGACUGUGGCAGCUGGGUUUCUGUCAGCACAUCCUUUGGAAAUUUGGGAUGAUAAAAAUGUCCAAGCUUUAGUCAUCAUUCAAUAAAAAAUGAAUGGAAUGGGUACUCGGGAAAUUGUGGUUGAACAAAAAUUAAAACCUCAUGUUGUAAGCGGAAUGAAUACAAUGUACAUCUUCUCACCUGACUUGUGCUUGAAAUAUGACUGCUGCUUGAUGACCCUCCUGAACCGCUUGAUUGCACAAUGCUGGGCAUGACAUCCUCAGCCAGUGCUCUCAGUCUAUUAAGUUCAGGAAUUGCUGGAUCAAGCAUCUCUGCAAAGUUCCCUUUCUCAAUAGCCCGUUCCACAAGAUGAGUCAAACCCAUUGGGGGCUUUGCCGUUAUUAUUUGAAGAAGCAAGACCCCAAGUGAGUAAAUAUCAGAUUUUAUUCCAAGCAUGCCAGUUUGUUGAUAUUCCGGAUCUAUGUAACAGAAAGUCCCGGCUGUUGAUGUCAUGCGAUAUUGAGUUACUGCAUUGGCUACUGAUGGAGGGACAAGCCUGGCUAAGCCAACAUCACUGAUCUUGCUGACGUAGUUACGGUCAAGCAAAAUGUUGCCAGGUUUUAGGUCACGAUGCACGAGUGGUUCUGGCUUGGUUUGGUGGAGAAAAAGUAGGCCAGUGCCAAUCUCUGCGGCUAUUCUGAAUCUAUGUUGCCAUGGAAGUACUGGGGUGUUUCCUCGUCGGAAGAGACGGUCAUCCAAGCUUCCAUUGGCCAUAUACUCAUAAACCAAGCAACCAUAUUCUGGGCAGGCGCCGAGGAGGAGAACCAUGUUUGGAUGUCGAAUGCAGCUUAGUACUUCAACCUGCAUCAUCAUUAAGGAAGUGAAUUAGAAGAUUCAUGACUUUUGUGGUCAUGUACAGUGGAAUCCCAGACAGUUUGGAAGUUUUAAUGUCUAUUUAUCCUCUUUAUGAGAUCAUGAAUAUAUGGUUGGAUCAGAGACUGAUGUGUACAGUUGAAUUCCAUUUCUUUUUUGCCUUUUCCCUUAAAAAUUUCCCCAUAUAAGGAAUAAUUCUUGAGUCCUUGCCUUUGAGAAAUAGAUCAUGAUAUAUUACUUGAGAAA